AUGAACAAGCUGAUUGUGCCUCCCGAGUCUUCAAGUCUUGAUGAUUCAGCCCAACGUCCUCGGACCUUGGACAAAAACCACAGAGACAUGGUCAAGUUCAGCGGUAAAGACGACCAGGGGUACGAGUGGGUGAAGCAAGACCUUGAAGAGCUCAUGGAAAAGGCAGUAGAUUUUGAAAAGAGGCAGAAUCUUGAAGAUGACAUUCCGAGCGAGGUAAAAAGCAAAUGCGUUCAAGCCUUCCGGACUUCCAAUUAUGAACAAUUCAAAGACCGAAAUCCCGAGAGGCUAGACAAGACGUGCGAGUGGUUUCUGAGACACCCGAACUUCCAAAAGUUCAAAGAAAGCAAGACUUCCAAUAUUCUAUGGGUCUCCGCAGACCCAGGAUGCGGCAAAUCAGUAUUAGCAAAGUAUCUUGUUGAUAAGGAAAAGUGUCUGGAAGCGAACAAGACCCGCGCGGUUUGCUACUUCUUUUUCAAGGAUGACGACGAAAGCCAAAAGAGCAAUGCGGCCGCACUAUCCGCUAUCUUGCACCAGUUACUCACACAAAGGGUUGACCUCAUAUCAUAUGCGAUGAAAGCUUACAAAGUCGAGGGGGAUAAGCUUCCACAACUGUUUGAAAAGCUUUGGGGGAUCCUUCUCAAAGCAACCGAGGAUUCCAAAGCCGGAGAGAUUAUUUGCAUCUUGGAUGGCCUUGAUGAAUGCCCAAAGACCGAGCGAUACCAGUUCAUCAGGGCACUGGUCGACUUUUACAAAAAUUCAGCCUCCCAGGAGAGCAAAUCGCGACUCAAGUUCUUGAUAACGAGUCGUCCAUACCUUGAUAUCGAGCGCCAAUUUACUGAGCUUAAUCAACAAUUCCCAGAGAUUCGCCUCUCUGGGGAAAACGAGUCAGAAUCUAUCAGUCGUGAGAUUAAUAUGGUUAUCCGUUCAAAGCUACACAAUCUGUCAGAAGCCUUGAGUCUCACCGCUGCGGAACAGUCUAUACUGGAAGAAGAGCUUCUGUCCAUGCCUCAACGUACAUAUCUCUGGGCAACCCUCGUCUUCGAUAUUCUCAAUGCGGAAGUACAGCCUACCCGCAGAAAGUUGAAAGAAAUAGUUGGAUCCAUUCCUCCGACAGUCGACGAUGCAUAUGAGAAGAUCUUAUCCAAAAUUGAGAACAAGGGUCAAGCUCGUAAGCUCUUCUCGAUAAUUGUCGCCGCAACUCGACCUCUGACUUUGAGCGAGAUGAAUGUUGCUCUUACAAUCGAUGACACUCACGAGUCCUAUGAAGACCUAAAGGCAGACCUUGACAACGAAAUAAGAUUCAAGUCAACUGUUCGACUCAUCGGCGGUCUUUUCAUUAGCAUCAAAGAUGAGCGAGUAUUUUUGAUCCACCAAACCGCACGACAGUUUCUUCUCGGGCAGAGUGAAGUACUGGAUCACUGGAAGCAUUCCCUUGACCCAGUCUCCACCGAGCUCAUUAUGACAAAAAGCUGCAUCAAUUUCCUCAGUUUCAAAGAAUUUGACGAUGGCUUUGACUGGGAUGCAGGUGAUGAUGUACCCUUCGAUGAGCUCUUCGAGUAUGAGUAUUUAGGAUACGCCUCCAAUUCCUGGAUGUUACAUUAUCAAAAAGCACAGGCCCAGGGUGAUGUGACACUGUUACAGUCUGUACUCAAAGUUUGCGACAAGACAUCUCGACGGUUCAAUGCAUGGUCUCGGUUAUUUACACUGUUCCGUCCAUCGAGUCCGCUGCGGACCCUCACAAACACCAUGAUGAUAGCCUCAUAUUUCGGCCAUGACACGGUAGUGAAGGAGCUGUUGAUGGACGGAAAGGAGGAUAUUAACUUCAAAGAUCGAGCGUUUGGUCGAACUUCACUCCUAUGGGCUGUCGAGCAAGGGCAUCGAGAAGUUGUGGAGCUGCUGGUGGACACCGCAAAUGCCGAUGUCAACACAGAGGACAAUGCAGAUCGAACUCCAUUGUGGCUGGCUUGCAACAUGCAUCAAGAAGACAUCGCACUAUUCUUACUGAAGAACUCCGCCGAUCCCAUGCACAAGACAGCACGAGCUCAAUCCGCACUUUUUGAAUCCACUGUACAAGGACUGGCCAAUGUGGUUGGUUACAUUCUACAAUCUUUGUCAGACGAGCAACUUCAAAGCCUGGCCAAUCAACACGACUCUCGUGGUAACUCAAUCCUGAAUUUGGCCGUCUCAGAUCAUGGAUCCCAGUCUAGGAUCGUAAAAAUGAUCAUUCAAGCUCUAUCCCGAUUUCCCGAAGAGAAGCGCAAACUGUUAUACCACCAAUGCUACGACUCCUGCAGUCCACUGUUCAAUGCAGCGCUCAAAAACCAGCCAGAAGUCAUCAAGUUAUUGGUAAAGGUGGACAAAGAGCUUCUCAACCAGACAGGCUGGUUGGACUGGGAAGAUACUCCUCUCCACGUUGCAACUCAUUGGCAAAAUCUCGAAGCAGUUCAAGCUUUAUUACAAGGAGGAGCCAAUCCAGACAUCCAACAAAGAACUGGACGUACCCCUUUACACAUCGCUUCAGAGAGAACUGACUCCGCCUCUGGCGUGCAAAUUUUGAAGAGUCUACUGAAGCGUGCAGAUCCUUUGAUCUGUGAAAAAGAUGGCAGAAAUAUACUUCACAUUGCCCUUCAGUUUGAUAGGGAGAUCUAUUUCAAGAUCAUGAAACAAGUCAUACCGUCUGCUAAAUUUCGCCAGCUUUUGACCUCGAAGAAUAACAGAGGGAAUGUACCAAUUCUGCACGCAGCGAACAAACUUCGUUCUACUGGCCGAGGAGAUCCAUUACUUUCAGCUGCAUUCGGAGCUGCAUGUGAUGCGAUGUUAGAAAUUGUCACGGAGUCGGACGAUAACUUCGUCCUCGAUCUGGUGAAUGAAAGUGAUCGUCCAAUGAUUCUCCAUCAUUUUGCUGAAACAAACUCCGACGAGCUUAUGGUCAAGAUGACCUCCAAGGUAGUCGCCUGUGACCGCUCUUUUCUUGAUACCAAGGAUAGCAGUGGCAGAACCCUACUGAUGAAGGCCAUCGACAAAAAGCUACGAGGGACCAUACAAUUCCUGCUUCAAAACUCCAUCGAUAUCAAUGCACAAGACAAAAAUGGGAAAACCGCACUUCAUCAUGCUGUGGCAUCCGACUCACCGGAAAUGGCAGAGGUUCUUGUUCAAUCAAAUGCCAGCCUACACAUCAAAGACAACUACAACCGCAUGCCGGUUGACUGGUGCUCUAGUGUGAACACCUGCUUCUCAAUUGUGAAUCCCAAAGACAGACCCACGACACCAAAUCCCAUAGCAGCGACCUCAUCUACUCGAUCAAGUCGAUCCGACUGGCGCAUGGUGCUUGGCGCGCCCAAAGAGUCUUGCCAAUGGCAACUACGAGGGGAUCGAACCUGGCAUCCAACAUCUCUACGCGAAGAGAGAUAUUUGAUAAGCGAUGAGAUCCCCAGCAAUAUCAAACUUCCUGUAUCACGAAUUCAUGUCGUCGUUGAGGGCCGAGAUCAAGGAUGGAGCCAUCCUCAAUAUUUUGGACAUCUGCCGGACGGCUCCUUCACAAGCCACUCAACCUUUGCACUUGGAAUUUUACGCAAUGGUCAGAUUACUCUGCAGCGAGAAUGGGCUCGAAACAAACAAAGAACGACGACUCUGCAUACAUUCGACUGCACCUGGUACUCGGAUCCUAGUCGGAAUUUACAAUUCGCUGAGUUCGGGGGCCGGAGGCCAGUUGGGGAAGACGAUCAAGGCGACUUUGUACGAACGCUGGCGGUCGGAGACAAAGUAGUGCUAUUGGCUCUGACUGACGGAGCUGGAUGGAUCAAUAUUGUCAAGUCUGCGUCUAUGGAGGUCUUCUUCGAAGACUGA